AAUCCCAAGCAAAUGAUCAAAAAUAUCAACGGCCCUGUCACCUAUUCUACAGUUUUCGAUGGAAGCGGGAAGCCUUCUCCGUAGUCCAAUUCCAUGGACCCCAAAACGCCCUCUCAGACGAAGUCUUGGCCUCACUUUCCCGCGCCCUAUUAGGGCUUUGAAUUCAGAUAGUCGUUACAGAGGCCCCAAGCCACAGAGAAAUUGGGUGGCCGAUUGGGUCUCCAACAACGACGACGCCGUCCGGAGCUUGCCGAUUUACGCGGGAAGCGCCUCCCUCUUGGCCGUCCUCUUCAACCGCACCGUUUCGGACAUCGCUCUGGUCGCUGACGCCAGCAGUUCACAGUCUAGAGCUGAUUUGUUGACGUUGGGAUUGGCUGUGACCAACAUACUAGCAGGUCUGGUAUGGCUGUCAAUCAGACCAAAAUCUAUAUCUAAGGUGAAUCCCGAAGGGAUCGAAUGCGAGAGAAUGCAUUCUAAUCUCCCAAACACUCUGCUUUCUGAGUUAUUGUGGGCGUGGGAAUCUUUGUCAGAUGUGACGUGCUGCCGGUCUCUUGUUAUAGUUUAUGAUGGCAGAUGUAUCCUUCAGAUUGGUUUUGCAGCAGAAUCUUCUAAUGGUGAUGGCAAGGCUGUGUCUGUGGAUGCUGAUAAACUGAUGCAAGGAUCACUCUAUCGAGGUGUUAUGAAAUCAGGAGUUCAGAGCUAUUUGGCAAACCUAUAUCUUUAUCCUGGGAAAUCUGAGCUGCCAUUUCUGCCUUCAAAUACACAGGCAGUAAUAUUGCAGCCACUUGGAGACAAAGGGAUCACAAUAAUUGGUGGUGACACGGUUAGAGGAUUCACAUCUGCAGAUCAGGCAUGGAUUUCAUUAAUUGGAGAGAAGCUGGAUUCUACUCUAGCAAAAUAUGUGGAUAACCCCCCAUUAGUUGUGCAAGAUCCAGUUUUCAAGUAAUUAAACUAUGAAGCUUGUUGAUAUUAUCCCUUCAUGCAAUGGCUGUGGCCUUAAGCCAGGAUUCUCAAGCAACAGAUUUAUCAUAACAGAGAACGAAGAAUGGCGAUUAUUGCGAUCAUAUUCUGGUGCCAGGAAAUUCUGCUGCAAUACCCGAUUGAUAGCACUGUUGUCCUUAGAUAUGUAAUGUAUGCACAUAAUAUGUUUCUUGUACUAUCAGUCAGUUAAAUAUCAUGGAUCAUGCGCAUAAAACGGAUUCUUCAGAGCUGCUUACUGGGAAUUCUAUACCAAGGGAAGCAUUGGUAUUCGGAUAUUCUAAUUCUUAAAAUACUCAAGCACCACAUUUUGAUUGUAAAUGCACGUAAUUUUGUUCAAUUUCUCUAGUAAGAAGAAUGUUGAAUGAGCC